AUGAAGGGAGUUCAGGGAUUUGGUAGAUGGGGAAAGCUUGCCACGAGAUAUAUUGGUUCAUUCUGGAUUGUGGAACGUAUUAGAGCCAUUUCAUAUCGGCUAGAUCUUCUAGCAUCAAUGUCGAGCAUACAUGAUGUUUUUUAUGUUUUGAUUCUCAAGAAGCAUUUACGUGAUGAGGAGCAACAACGAGUGUUGGACACACUGGAGGUUGAGAUUCAUGAUGAUUUGACCACUAUUGAGGCUCCAGUUCGCAUUCUUGCUAGAGAGGAAAAGAGACUUAGAAAUAAGGUGAUUCCUUUAGUGAAAGUGCAAUGGAACUGGAAAGGAGCUGAGGAGGCUUCUUGGGAGCUCGAAGAGGAUAUGCGUCACGACUACCCGCACAUGUUUGAAUAG